UAGCCUUAUUUCUCCGAUAUUCUACCAUAUUCAAAUGAAAAAGGAGAGAAAGAAACGCCCCCGUGUUGUCUGAAGCUUCUCUCCCUCUGGCGGCGGGUCGCGAGCCGAGCGCUGCAGCUGGAAGCUGUUCACAGCCGCUUCCUGUCGCUCAGACGGAGGGAGCGAGAGGGGGGAAGGACGCGGCAGAAUGGCGACCGUGCAGUGUUGCAAAUGCACGGCCGAAAGGAAAGGGUUUCGGCGGGAACUUGAUUCUUGGCGUUACAAAUUGAUACACUGCGUCGGGUUUGAAAGCAUUCUGGAGGGAAUCUAUGGGCCACUGCUGCUGAGGGACCUCAAUUUAUUCGAUGACUGUGAACCUGAGGAGGUGGACGAUUGGUCGUCGGAUGCAAGUUCCGCCCAAUGUUCGUUCUGCAACCUUCCCCUGGACAAACUCUGCAGCGAUCAUCUACCUGCAGCCACGUCUCCCCUCUCCCCCCUCUCUGAAGGCUCUCCCUGCCAGGCUCCCACCGUCUCUGAGAGCAGCCAAUCAGCGCACAGGAUCCUCCAAGCUUUGUUUCACAAGAAAGAUGUGUCCCUGGGCUGUGAUACCACCAUCCCGCUGGUUGCUCAGGAGCUAAUGAAGAAGAUGAUACAUCAGUUUGCCUUGGAGUACGCAUCCAAGUGCCUACUCCACACCAGUACAAAUGGUUUCACCACAAAGACCUCAUCACUUUUGUCCCAAGCGUCAGACGCCCCUUUGGACCUCACAGUGAGCCGAUCAGGAGAGGAGAAAGAGAGUGAAAGUGACCCGGAUGGCGUGCUCGACCUCUCCAACAAGAACUCUGCCUGCUCUGCGGCAUCCUCGACGUCAUCUAAUCACAAAGCCUCAGGCUCCCUGCUGCCAUCAUGUGUGGAAGAAUUGGGGGAUCUGGGACGGCGAAGGACUGCAGGUCAUCCGAGCACUGCUCUGGGGGCUGUUCUCAGCUCGCUCUGCUCAGCACACCGCUCCUUGAUCUACCAGAUGUUGAAGCUGGCGCGCCAGGAAAGAUUGGUGUUUCUGCUCAAUCGCAGACCCGUCAGUCCAACUGAAUCUCACUGCUGUCAAUGUGGCGUCAACCCACACGAUAUUGUUAGCCAUCCUGGCAGCACAGUGUGUCAUCCAGUGGACUCCAAGUCCGAUUGUAGCAUCCAUCACCUCCCUUUACCGGACUGUACAAGCGCCGCUCCUCUGUGCUCGGGCUACUGCUGUGUGAAGAGUUGCGGGAUGGAACCCUACACUGUUGUGUGCCCCAAGAGGCUGCACUGCAUUUCAUGCCAAAGCCUUGCAGUAGGUGGUAUUGACAACAUGGCGUGUUCAUUUGCAUCCUCUCCUUCGUUAUCCAAAUCCCCUUCACGGUGCACUCCAUCCUCAUCGAUCUGCUAUAACCAACACUUUUCUCACCCUUCAAAGAAAGCCUGUCAGACGCAGUUGAGGAACACAAUAGAAAUAGAGGCUGUGGACGGGGAUCCCCCUUGUCCUGUCCUAAAAAGAGAGCAGAGCCCCUCUCCUCCUCCUCUGUCCCCUAUCACCUCAGACAUCAGUAAGAAAACCGAUGAAAAGCCGCCCUCCCUCCUUCACCACAGACAGGAGGAUGCUGAUCGAAUGGGUGAAGGUUGUCUUGUGAAUGCGAGCCACCAGGAAGCAGAUGUGGACAGAGCUACAAAAGAGGAGCAAGACUAUAGAAACCCAAGAAGUAGUCGGGUCGAGGAGGAUCCAAGUGGGACUUCACUUCAGGACGUUGUGAAUCGCUUCAGUGAGAAACUGGAGACCAUCAGACCCAUAGAGAAGGACCCACCUCUGGUGCCGGCAGCUGUUAUGGUCUCUGGAAAAGAGAUGCAACAGUGUCCCUCAACCAGUCAGACCCUGCAGUGUCAGGCCGAUGCUCAUUUGACUGAAAUCAUCACCACCGUGCUGCAUACAGACAAUGCUGGUGACUACAAUCUCAGUGAGCUGAUUAAUCGCCAUGAGAACAUGGAGCCCAAGUCCCCCAACACCCGCUCCCGACGUCGCCAAAAAGUCCUUGCUGCUAUAGCAACACCUGCUGACGAUGCUGCGACCAGAAGGCUGACCUUACAAAUUAAACGAGAGCUGGCCAUGUUCGACCAGUGCUCCAGUAGGAGGAAGGAACCACUAGCAAAGAGGGCACGAUUAAAAGAUGAAAAUAGCACUAUGACUGAAUCAUCUAUUUCACCAGAUUCAAACCCAGUUAAAGAGGAGACUAAAAGUGAAAUGGAGGUAGUUUUAGAACCUGUAGAGAAUCAUGGAGUUAGGGAGGGACCUAACUCCAUGAUUCUCACUGCAGAAUGUGAAAGGGAUGAAGUAAAAGAGGAGACACAGACAUCUGUGCUAACAGGAGAAGUUCAAAUCAUUAAAGCAGAGCUUAAGGAGAGGGACAUAUUUGGUGAGGAAAAAUAUCUUCCCCUCUCACACACUCAAAUUCCAACCUCUGAGCCGCAGGGAGAGUACAGCAAACAAGAUACAAAGGGCCACAAUGUACCAACACAGGUCACAACUGUGAGUGCAACCUCAGCGGGGAGGGGUACUAUGCCUUGUGAAGGAUAUGAUAUGAGCAGUGGUCCUGAGGGUGGUGAGCCCCAUGAAGAAGCCCCACCCGGCCAGAGCUUGGACAGUAACGGUAAGCCCUGCCAUGGUCCUAUUGGAGAUGGUCAGAAAUGUGAAGCGCACCACGCUGAGGACACAAGGAGAUCCGGGAGAAAUAUAGUGCUCCCCCAGCGGUUCUCUUCUUAUGUCAUAGAGCCCUGGAAGAAGUUCAAUGUUGCAUGUUUCCCUGAAAGCAUCUAUAACCAGGAAACGCUAAAGGACGAGGUUUUGACGUCUACCUCCUUUGGUGUCUUAUCCAAAGAUCCAGAUGCUGAGGACGCCCAGUUUGAAUCGAGGAACAAAGCCCCUCUAUCCUCGACUGACCACACAUGGAAGCUUACCUUUGAAUCAACACGUGGAGAACCAUGUGGGCCAUCCCACUCAGAGUCAACAGGUCUUUGUAAAAAACAGGUCAUUGCACAAUGUGCUGCAGCCAAAGACAAAAGUCCUGCAAGAGGGAGCUCGGACAGUGAGACAAAUGGCAGUGACUCUGCUACCAAGCCUUUUGGAAGGCUACGGUCAUCUCCAAAAAGACUACAGUGCUUCAAGACAAGAACUGCCAAAAACCCAUCAAACACGGAUGUCAACCUGUCGUCUGCUGCCCGUGCAGAAAGCCUUCCCUACUCCCAAGUCCCGUACACUAGUCCCAUAAAACUCAUGUUUUUUUCACCAGUAAAGGAUAUGGAAGGGGUUAAAUAUAGUCUCAAAUCAGCAUAUUCAGGUUCUAGAACACGGGAACCGUUUGACCCGUGUAUAGAGUCUUCAUGGUCAGGGACAGUUGACAAACAAAAAAGGAGAACUGAGCCAGUCAAAUCUGUUUUUUCAGCACAUAAGUCCAUUAGCUCACCUGCAAGAUCUGCUUCUUCUCCCCCCAAGUCAGCUUCUUCUCCCCCCAAGUCUGCCUCUUCACCUGCCAAAAUAGCGUUAACGCCAACCAAGUCUGCUUCUUCUCCCAAAUCAGUUACUUCACCAGCCAAGUCAGCUUCUUCACCCUGCGAGUCUGCUACUUCAUCACCAAAAACAGCGUUAACGCCAACCAAGUCUGUUUCUUCACCAGCCAAGUCUGCUUCCUCGCCAAAAUCAUCUUCAGCAUCACCUAAAAUAGGUUCCAGAAGAUCAGGCGAAGGUACUCCGACUAAGCGUGGAGCUGAGAGCCAGACCUCAGGUGACUCGACGUCUUUCCAUGAAACCACUCCAAAAAGGCGCCCGGGCCGGCCCAAGAAGCUGGGACCACAGCUUGAGCAAAAGGUAAAGAGGCCAAUUGGUCGACCUCGCAAGGAGAAGACUUUGGAUUCAGUAAUUGGGGCAAACGCUGUAGAUGGAAAAUCAGUUCUAGCACCCGAAGUUGAGGAGAAUGUAAACAAGAACCUUAAGAUAACCGUUGUGUAUGGUCGUUCAAGGCGAAACAAACGUAUGGUGUCUGAGGGCUUUGACCAGCUGCAGACAGAAUUCCAUGAUGCUUGUCAGGCAGUGGGCCUUAAAGGAGACUUGGGGGUUUUAAUGCACAACUCCAAGACAAGCUCAGGUAAUAUCAAAGCAGCCUCAACAGAAUUGCCCGAGGAAUUCAAUUUUGUCGGCCCUGUAAAAGAUUCUGCCCUUCAAUCUAGCGGUAACAUCAAAUGUCAGAAAAGGGAUGAUUCUGCGCCCUCAAGAAAACCAGGUAGACCUGCAAAAGUUAAAAUCUCUGGGAUUUCAGUCACAGUAACCACAGUGUCACCUCGACAGCGAAAAAUUCUGAUAAAUAAGGAUACUCUGCAGUCUCCUGAAACACAAACUCAUAGGAAAGUACUCUUACCAGAAUUCCAAUCCGCCAAAGAGCCCCAGACAAUCAGUCGCGCGUCAACUGGCAAAGUCCGUCAAACAGAAGGGGCUGAAACAGAAGAUGAAAGUAAAGGUGAGCGGCAAAAUCAGCCUGUGGCACUGCGUCACUCGAUGAGAGUGAGAAAGCCCUCGAUUCACUUUCUGCACGCUGUGGCCACCUCCACCUCUCGAUCAUACAGCCACAGUAAUGCUCUGCUACGGCGCUCCAAACAACUUCUGCUAAACAAGGCCCACAAUGAAAGGAGACAAGGGGAGCAACAGAGUAGUGUCGAGACCACGAGAGAGAAAAGACGGCUCUGUGCACGAGACAGGAACAACGUCUCCCAGGACCUGAACAGAGUGGCAGGGGUGUCUGUUGACUCCAUCUUUACCCCAAGAGAGACACUGAGGUGGUGGGCAGCAUCGGCCGAGGGACCGACUAUGAACCAAGAGCUUGCCCGGCGAAUACGACUCAUCUCCGACACCUGGGUCUCAAACACUGUAGAGAACCAGGGAAAAGAAACUAAAGGCAACAGUUUCUUCACCCGGACUUCAAAACAUUCGUCCAUACGAAUGCUGUUUGACUGUCCGUCCAACAAACCAAGUUCCUGUAGCCGGCAGCAGCUCUGCUCCUGGUUCAUGCAGACCACAGAGACUCAGUCUUUGGCUAUUGUCAAGAAGGCGAGCUCCCGAAACCCUUACGAACUCAUGCACUUCCCCCGCUCUGCCAACAAAGAGCGUGUUUGCCCCAGCCCUCAGGCGGAGCGACUGCGCAAACACAUCAAGAAAUUCGCCAAAACUGUGCCAAAAAGUCCUCUGCAACACCAACAGGCUCAAAAAAGGUUGAGGCAGAGAAAUGAGGCGCCGCUACCGACGCACAAGAUAAGGCGGCAACUUUUCACUCCCAGGUUUGCAGCAGGAAGGCAAGGCAGUCAAGGAGCCCAAUGGUGGAGAAAAGUAUUUGACACAUACCGCACAACCCUAUGUAGGGCGCGGGUGAGGUUUCUUACCCGGAGUCAAAGGAAGAGGCGGCAAAAGGGGCAGAGAAAUAAGAAAAGCAUAAAAGUAGCCACAAGUUGUUCAAAUGGACACGUAGUGACUGGACCACAAACAAAGCUUAAAUCAUUGCGCAGAGCAGCAAAAGACCAGCUGCCUGACUGUUUGGAGAACAGUUCUGUUGACCAGACUCAGGAGCCCGUGGACAUGGCCAAAGAGCAGAACCUCUGCUCCAAAGCCUGGAGUCCCGAGACACUGAAGGAAUGCCGGGUGUUUCUGAGGAAGAUCAACUCUCCGGACAACGAAUUGACUGAGGAAGAGUGCGACUCGUGCACCGUGACACUGGAUGAGGGGUCACCUUCUGCAUACCUCUUUAGAGGAAGGGAGAGGGAAGUGGUAGGAGUUGUUAAAGCUGUGAAAACUGAACGAAAAAGGAGCGCCGCCUCGAGAGAGCUGGCGAGUUCUGAACCUGAAUCGGUCCAGGAGGCGGACGAGAUGCCGAAAAGCAAAUACAAAAGUCCUGUGGUUGUUUCUACUGAAUCACCGCAACCACCACCAGCGAAGACGUUGAGACAAUCGCGAAUGAGAGGCCUAACCGGGCCGAGGUGGCGCGACUAUGUGUUUGAAAACUAAAUGAAGCAUGAAGCCUCCUUGUACCUGGGAGAAGGACUGUGGUUCGACGUGGUGCCUUUUGGACAUUGAGCUGACCACGUGGACUGACCAUGCCGCUGUGGUUAGGUCCUACACUCAGCAAUUAUGUAGCAGUCUAACUUAACAAAUGCUUGAUGUUGCACUAUUUUUAUCCAUGGAUAUGUUUGUACAGAAAUAUCACAUUUCCUUUUAUUGUAAACCUGCCUUGAUCUUUCUGGAAGCGUUUAGUAGAUCAAAUCCUUACGUCAAAGGUGAGUUUUAUUGGGAUUGUUGCUUUUCCACUGAGCCCCAUCAGCAAGCUGUAUUGGAAGGAAAGCCAAAGCUUUGGUUGCGUAUAGACAGUGCCAUGUCCCCCCAAAUAUACCUCAUUAUCAAGGCCAUCGGACGGUGAUCCUUGGAUGUAAAUCUAAAAAAUGCACAGCCCUAAACUCUCCCACAAUUUAUUUAAUCAUUCUUGUCGUAGGUCAUUUAUAGUCAUUCUUAUUUUGGCACUGUUUAAAUUCCAAAUUGGCCUUUUAUAACAGUUUUGGGAUUUGAAAAAAUCACCAAAAUGCGAGCCUUGCUCAGCAUAUUGUUUCCCAAAACCAGGGCAUUGAUGAAGAACUUGUUGUGUCACCCAAGCCCCGGCUUUACCGUAAUGGUUAUUUUGUGGGCACCGACUUAAAUGGUGUAUUAAACUGCAGAAAUGGGCCAUCCACCCGUACUAAAAUCAAAUAAUUGAUGUUAUUCAAACUGCACAUAACCCCAAUAAAAUGUAGAGGUGCACUUGAAGCGAAGAAGACAUAAUGCAGUUGUAGAGUAGAACCAUCGGUUGGUUCUUGUUUUUAUUCAGUUAUCUUUUGUGUAUCUUCUUGUUUUAACCCAAAGCAAAUACUGUAUGUUGGUGUCGGAUCUACUUCUUGCACUAUCCUGUCUGAGAUUAUUAACCCUACUACAGAUUCCCUCCCCAUGUUUGCACAGGCCGUGUCCCACUACCAAAUCCUACAGUAAAACUAGAGAAUCUAUUUGGUGCAAUACAAACCCAGAUGAUUUAUCCAUAUUUAGUCAUUAUUUUUUAUUGCUGACAGACAAAUGGAUGUACACAAGUACCGAUGGCCUGGGAUGUUAUUUCAGUUUUUACCACAGCCAUUAAAAUGAUCUUUAAGGUUUUUGCUCCUUCUUUCCCACCUGCUUUGGUCUGCUCAAAGAAGCAGACAAGUAACAGAUCCCUAAUUGUAAUAGCAUUAAAUAGUUUUCCUUUAUCAUAAACGUACUAGCAUUAACUGUUCAAACGCAGGUGGGAAGCGUGUUGCUGUUUUGAGGAUCCGCUUAAGUUUGCGUUCAGCCAGAGACACCUACCUCGACUGGGGCUCUACAUGUCACAGAUGAUCGGUAACACUAACCUUGGAUCGGCAUCACAUUAGGGGGGGGAAAUAGAUCCAAGAUGUCUGGCUGUAGUUCAACUCAAACCUGUAGUGCGUGUGUGUGUGUGUUACUACGGUUGCCAUAUCAACAGGAGGGAUU